AUGCCACUACAAGGUGUCUCAGCAUGUCUUAAGAUCUGUGCGUGCUCUUCGCCCGAUAGUUGCAUCUUUGAACCGCGAGAGCGACCUACUAAAUCUGAUCUGUGCACUCCAGACAGUGCAGACGCUAACUUCAGCGGAAAUAUAGGCAAUCGGGAUGCGGCUGGACGACACAGAAGGGCCCUUGCCGUGAUCAUUGGCCUGAUAGGCGAAUGUCAGAAUAUUCCUUGGAUGUUGAGAAGCCCGAUUAGCUUUUUGAUAGUCCGAGUUGCCGCCAACAUAGGAACAAGGACGGAUGUUGAUCCAUCUUACUGGGAUCCUGGUCCAUGGUUCAUGCAGAACAACUCCCUCGAGGAGCACCAUUCGCCUUCGAGGCUACUCGAGAACUCAAACACGUCAUCGAACCGAAGCGACAGUCCUAUCCCAGAUUUCUUCGCCAACCUUCGCGAGGUAGUGGCCGUGAAGGAAUUCCACAAGUCCUCCAGCAAAACAAUACGCGAAGACGAUUUCCUUGCUGCUAUGCAAUGGGCGCAUUCCUGGCGGAUGGCGAUCCGGAGCUGUGUUGGGAACUACUGGGCGGAUACCACAGAAGCGUGCGAAGCUGUGGUACCGCACCAGAGUACGAUGUCGAUUCCGGUCCCUGUCCGCUUCGCCAACAUAGACAUGUGUCUAUGUCUGGCGCUGCAGAUUUUUCUCAGCUACGGGCUUGAGACCCCGAUGGUCAAGUGA